AUUCAGAGCCUCAGAUCCAGGGACCCACUUUUGGCACUCCCAUUCUUCCCUUCAGAGAUCAGACGGCUUCUUCGGGGGUCUAGUUAUACGGCUGCCACCAGAACUAGACCCCCAUAGACACCUGUAUGACUAUGAUCUAUCCGAGCACAGUAUCCUUCUGAUUGACUGGGGUGAGCGGACCUCAGCAGAAACCUUCGCCUUCGACUUCCAUGGGGGAUCGGCUUCUUCACCAACUACAGUAUUAGUGAAUGGUCUAGGCACUAGCGAAAAGGGACCAGAUAUGCCCUUUCCUGUCUUUAAAGUGAAAGCUGGCAAACGUUAUCGAUUUCGGUUUGCCUAUAAUGGGAUCUCUAACUGCCCAUUGCAUGUGAGUGUUGACGGACAUUCCCUGAUGAUGAUUGCCACCGAUGGUCGCAACUUUGAACCCGUGGAAGUUGAUGCCUUUUUUAUCUUCUCUGGGGAAAGAUACGACUUUGUUCUGAAAACCAAGCAGGGGGUGAAGGACAAUUUUUGGAUCCGGUUUAAAGGUCACGGACGGUGUACUGGUUAUUUGAUUCAGGCAGCGAUUCUAAGUUAUGAGGGCACCAGUGACAGAAAGCCAGAGGGAAAAGUCACUUACAGUAACACAGUUGAGACUGACAGCCAGAGGGUAUCUGCAAGCAAGCUUCCUGAUGAAAGAUUCAACCCUCCUGUGCAAAACCUGUCUACAGAGAAACCAAGAACUGUCCGCCCCAACAACCACCAGCUGAACUACAUAUCAUCUUACCUGCCACCGUCUCCACCCUUGAGUCAGUUGGAGGAUAUUCCACAGGUUUUUAGAUUUAUGCUUCAAUUUCCAUCUUUAGGAGCUUUUUGCAACAACAAAACAGUUGCUGAAGACUGCAGUCAGGUUCUAUGUCAGUGUGUCCACCUGCUGAACUUUGACCUGGGCGACAUUGUAGAGUUUGUCCUUGUGUCCUUCACCAACACAGUUGUCCACCCAAUGCACAUGCAUGGCCACUCCUUCCGAGUUGUAGCCAUGCGCAGUUUUUAUCAUGACCUCACAGUAGAAUCAGUGAAGUCCAUGGAUAGGAAAGGAAAGAUCCACAGAAGAACAUCUAAAGCUCCAUAUAAGGACACUCUUGCUGUGCAUGCUCAAGCCGUGACCAUAAUUCGAUUCCGAGCCAACAACCCAGGAUUCUGGUUCUUCCACUGUCACAUAGAAUUCCAUGCAGAGCUUGGGAUGGCUAUGAUUCUACAAGAAGGCCAGGGUCGUGAGAUACCCAGACCUCCUAAAGGAUUUCCAACUUGUGGAUCUUGGACACCUCACCAUGUUAAAACGGUACUCGUAAAAGAACAGCAAGGAGCAGCAGAUGCUGAAACUUCGACAGGGAGUUAUGGAACCAUCCUGGGUGUUCUGAUCGGAGUGAUUGGUUCAGCUGUUAUUAUCAUUGUAGUAUUGUUUCUUGUCUUUCGUGGAAGAUGUGGAGACAAGCAAAGUGUGCUAUUCUCGCCUAUCAAGGGUGGGAAUAGUAUCAGGUACAACAGUUUGUCAUGA